CUCCUGGAACAUGGCUGACAUGCAAAAUCUUGUAGAAAGAUUGGAGAGGGCCGUGGGCCGCCUGGAGGCAGUGUCGCAUACCUCUGACAUGCACUGUGGGUAUGGAGACAGUCCUUCCAAAGGAACAGUUCCAUAUGUGCAAGCAUUUGACUCACUGCUUGCCAAUCCUGUGGCGGAGUACUUGAAGAUGAGUCAGGAGAUUGGGGGAGACGUUCAGAAACAUGCGGAGAUGGUCCAUACAGGCCUGAAGUUGGAGCGAGCUCUCCUGGUUACAGCUUCCCAGUGCCAGCAGCCAGCCGGUAAUAAGCUUUCUGAUUUGUUGGCACCUAUCUCAGAGCAGAUCCAAGAAGUUAUAACCUUCCGGGAGAAGAACCGAGGCAGCAAGUUUUUCAAUCAUCUCUCGGCUGUCAGCGAAAGCAUCCAGGCACUGGGCUGGGUGGCUCUGGCUGCGAAACCUGGCCCCUUUGUGAAAGAGAUGAAUGAUGCUGCCACGUUUUACACAAACCGAGUCCUCAAGGAGUACAGAGAUGUGGAUAAGAAGCACGUGGACUGGGUCAGAGCUUACUUGAGUAUAUGGACAGAACUGCAGGCUUACAUCAAGGAGUUCCAUACCACUGGCCUGGCCUGGAGCAAGACGGGGCCUGUGGCGAAAGAACUGAGUGGGUUGCCAUCUGGACCCUCUGUUGGAUCAGGUCCACCUCCCCCGCCACCGGGCCCACCUCCUCCCCCAGUCCCUACCAGUUCCGGCUCCGAUGACUCUGCUUCCCGCUCAGCACUGUUUGCACAGAUCAAUCAGGGGGAGAGCAUCACACAUGCCCUGAAACAUGUAUCCGAUGACAUGAAGACUCACAAGAACCCUGCCCUGAAAGCUCAGAGCGGUCCAGUUCGGAGUGGCCCCAAACCAUUCUCUGCACCUAAACCCCAAACUACCCCCUCCCCCAAACCAGCCACAAAGAAGGAGCCAGCUCUGCUGGAACUGGAAGGCAAGAAGUGGAGAGUGGAAAACCAGGAGAAUGUUUCCAACCUGGUGAUUGAUGACACUGAGCUGAAGCAGGUGGCUUACAUAUACAAGUGUGUCAACACGACAUUGCAAAUCAAGGGCAAAAUCAACUCCAUUACUGUGGAUAACUGUAAGAAGCUUGGCCUGGUGUUUGAUGAUGUGGUGGGCAUUGUGGAGAUAAUCAAUAGCAGGGAUGUCAAAGUUCAGGUGAUGGGAAAAGUGCCAACCAUUUCCAUUAACAAAACAGAUGGCUGCCAUGCUUACCUGAGCAAGAACUCCCUGGACUGUGAGAUAGUCAGUGCCAAAUCUUCUGAGAUGAACGUUCUCAUUCCUACAGAAGGCGGUGAUUUUAAUGAGUUCCCAGUCCCUGAGCAGUUCAAGACCUUGUGGAAUGGGCAGAAGUUGGUCACCACAGUGACGGAAAUCGCGGGAUAAGCGAAUGCCUGCGGGUCCUGUGCCCUCUCCCUUCACACCACGGGAUCAUCUGUAUGGAGACGGUUCUUUUCUAGAUUUCCUCUACCUUUCUGCUCUUAAACUGCUUCUCUACUCUGAGAAGCCCAGCUACCUGCCUUCACUGAAUAUACCUCAGGCUGAGACGGGCGGGACAGCAGGUCAGUGGAUCUUCGCGGGAAGGUGCAGCUUCUCCGCAUCAGCGCAGCUGCUCCGCAGUCCGAGCUUACGGAGCUACAGGCCCAGACUGGGGCACUGAAGCUUUCAGCUUUGGGGGUCAUUCUACCAACAGUCCUUGGGGGUUAAAAACAAACAAAUCAGAAUGAAUACUAAUCUCCUAACAGUGAGCAUGGGGGUAGCAGGAGCCGAUGAUUACAGUAGGUUCUAAUCAAACCAACUUUCCGAUGUUGACAAGGGAGGCCAGGCUUGCCACCCAGCAUUCCAAGCCGACUUACUUCCUAAAAGCAUCCUUCAUUCUGCAUUCCAUUCUGGGUCAGUCUCAACCACAAUGUAGCAGGCAUUCAGCUUGCAGCUGCAGGAGCAGUACCCUUUUUUUUUGGGGGGGGGGGAAGUGUCUCAAACCUUUUUUUUUCCCCCCGUGGGAUGACUGCCUUGGUUCCCAUGGGGACCAAGGACUUAAAAAAGAAAAGCAGCACACUAUUCCAAGGAAUCUGGCACUUCUCCCCCUGCCAGUCAUACUCAGCAGCUUAGGGCCUCAUUCAGGCACCUGAACAGGACUAAGACCUCCACUGCAGACUGUUUAGGUCUUGAUACACACCAGAAUCUUGCACAGCAUUGCUACUGCAAAUCCCAGCUCUCCAUCUAGGACAUACUGACCAAAAUAUGCAACUUUUUUUUUUUUUUUGGUGGGAAGAGAGAUUGUCCUGUGACUUCUGCCCAUUUCCUGAGGCCUGUGGAAGUAAACCUUUAUGUACUUAAAGUUAUACAGAAAAUAGAAUAAAGUUAAUACCAAACUUG